UUGAGUCGUGCUAACCGCUCCAGCGACACCCUGAUCAAAAUGCGGAAUUAAACCGGCGGUCUCCAAAUUGCGCUCUGGUGGAUCGUUUUGCGACGAUGCGUCCACGGUUAUGGAGAGCCCUGUUGGGAAUGACCGUGCUCUACCAACUUGUCACAGCAGGCAAAUACGGCUGUCUGUUUGAGAAGAGGCUGUGCUCCAGAGAGCAGUUCUGCUCUGACGACAAGUUGUUUGGUCAGUGCCGGAAAUCCAGGCAUGAAGAAGUUCGAUAUCAAGUGUCUGUUCCUGUACUGAAAAGGCUGCAAGAAGUGCUCAAGCAGCUGAUGAUGCAAGGAUUCUCCUGGCAGGAUGAUAUCACCCAGCACAUCAUAGCAAAGGAGCUGAGCCGGAUUCCUCAUGCUCGAGCGCAGACCUCUCAGCCAGCGCAGUCUGUACAGGCUGCUUCUAAAAAGACCUAUUUGAGCUCUAAGUCUGAGCCCAGCGUUGCCCAGAACUAUUUGGAUUAUGUGAUUUUAGAUCCUCACCAGUCCUCAUCACUCCGCAUGCAAGCCUUACCAUUAGACCCAUACACAUAUCUGCAGGAUGACAUGUCACACUCUCUGCACCCUCAUGCUGGUGUGGGCUACCAGCGUCCCACGUCGCGCUCCGGCUCACAGCAGCACCAGCGAGACAGAGACAGGCAGCUUUUAGAGGAAGCCUUGUCGCUCUACCUCUCCUCUUCACAGCCUUCUUUCCACCAUCGGGGGGCAGCAGGCCUCCCCACUGCCCCUUAUUAUGAGGACUUGGACUUCCCACUGGACUAUGGAGAGGACUACACCCUGCCAGAGCGACCCAGCUCACGCCAGCGGACCAACAAAAAGGUUCUACAGGACUACAGCUCUCUGCCAGGGCUGGACGAUGAUACAGUGGUGCAGCUGUCCACAGUGUUGGAGAGAUUUGGGGUGGAUCCACGAGAGCUGAGUCCUCAACAAUUAAACAAAUUUGCCCUCCUGCUUCAGCUCCUGCAGGCGCAAGAAACCGAGAACACAGAUAAACAUCCGGGAACAGUCACAGUGAAAGAAACAAUUGUAGAGGGCAGUGACAGGGUGUCGCAGAAAGGCGCCAAACCUGUGUCUCCUGUAGUGAUUCAGCCCACCACCCCAGGGCUCCAGCUAGCCGCUACAACGUCCCCCUCUGCACCGGCUCCCGUCACUGAUGCUCAGGGGCCUGGAGCAAUCACACAUGGGCCAGUGAAGGAAGCAGAGCUGGAAAAGGAAAAGACCAACACAAACCUGAAACCAGGAGGCAAGGAUGGCAUACAUGUCAGAGAGGAGUAUGGCUACAUAGUCACAAAUCAGAGUCCUCUGAGCCUGUAUGAUGGUGUAAAGCUAUUAGAAACGCUUGCAGAAAGGAUUCAUCUCACAACAAGCAGCUUUAUCAACAUCAGCGUGGUGGGGCCUGCACUGACGUUCAGGAUCAGACAGAACUCUCUGAACCUCAGCGCAGAGGACGUGGCCAAUAAAGCCGUGGCUGAGAAGAAUUUCUUGGAGGGAGAGACGGGUCUAAAGAUCAUUCAGACAGGGGUGGGAGAGAGAAGCGAGGGACGCGGGCUUCCCCAGGCCACACGGAUAAACGAUGGCUCACGUGGCGUUGUCCUCACCGUGGUGGCCAUGGCGUGUGUGUGUGUGGUGGUGUUGGUUGCUUUAGCCAUUGCUUGUCUGCGUCAUCAUGCUCGUCAGAUGGAGUCAGAGAAGCUGGGCCUCGGCCCCGAGGCUGGCACCGAGACACAUUUUGAUUACCAGGAGCUCUGUCGGCAGCACAUGGCAGCCAAGUCUUCAUUUAGCCGUCCAGAACCAGGCGGACGGAGGGGGACGGAUACGUCUCGAGUGAGCAGUGUGUCAUCUCAGUUCAGCGAUGGGCCACAACACAGUCCCAGUUCUCACAGCAGCACGCCCUCAUGGAGCGAAGAGCCUGCCCAGUCCAACAUGGAUAUCUCUACCGGACACAUGAUACUGGCAUACAUGGAGGACCAUCUGAAGAAUAAGGACCGUCUGCUAAAGGAGUGGGAGGCUCUGUGCUUGUACCAGGCUGAACCCAGCUCUGUUUCUGUCGCCCAGAGUGAGAGCAACCUGGAGAAGAACCGCUACCCCGACUUUGUGCCCUAUGACCAUUCCCGGGUGAAACUGAAGCCGGAGACGAACCCCGCUAGAGAGGACUACAUCAAUGCCAGCAUUAUAAUAGACCAUGACCCACGCAUGCCUGCUUACAUCGCUACUCAAGGCCCCCUGCCACACACCAUUGCUGACUUCUGGCAGAUGGUAUGGGAGAACGGCUGCACAGUGAUCGUGAUGAUGACUGCUCUAGUAGAGGAUGGAGAACAGCAAUGUGAACGUUACUGGCCUGAUGAAGGAUCAUCUCUAUACAACAUCUAUGAGGUGAACCUGGUGUCCGAGCACAUCUGGUGUAAGGACUUCCUGGUGCGUAGUUUCUACCUGAAGAAUGUGCAGACACAGGAGACGCGCACACUGACCCAGUUCCACCUGCUCAGCUGGCCUGCAACCGGCAUCCCCAGCUCCACACGCCCCCUGCUGGACUUCCGCAGGAAAGUGAAUAAGUGCUACAGAGGUCGAUCCUGCCCAAUCAUUGUGCACUGCAGUGACGGGACUGGAAGAACUGGUACUUACAUUCUCAUUGACAUGGUCCUUAACCGCAUGGCGAAAGGUGUUAAAGAGAUUGAUAUUGCUGCAACACUGGAGCACAUUCGUGACCAGAGGCCCAGUAUGGUGCGCACCAAGGACCAGUUUGAGUUUGCUCUCACAGCUGUGGCAGAGGAGGUGAAUGCCAUCCUGAAAGCCCUCCCACAGUGAGCCAUUCUGCAGUGUGGCACUCUAUUCAUAUGCAUCUUGCCCUCUCCUCACACACACUCACACAAGCCAUCAAUUACACAGACUGAACCAAGCCUGAGAAAUAUUAGAAUACAUUUCUAACCAUGGCCUUAUUAAUUUAAAAAGCAGGGAAGGCUACAUGAAAUAUUUGCCAUUGGUUAUGCAGUAUAAUGGUCAGAGAUUUGUGUGCAUCAGUCAUAGCUGUGUAAAAGGUCAGCUGAAACAUUACAUAAGCUUCAGGUACUAAUACAAAUGGACCUAAAGUCAGCAUGGCAAAUUCAAGUAUAUCUUUUUUCCUGCCAAUGGAUGUUGCCAGAAAAUACAAUAUUACUCCAUCAUCAGAACCCAUUUAGUUACCUUUUCAGGCAAACAUGGUGAUUAUAUGUAUGUAAAGUACUAAAGCCUGAACAUAGGAACACUCCCUUUGGAGUGUAAUUUACUGCCUGGUUAGUGUUUCACAGCGCAAAGUGUAAUACCCAUCACUCAAUGUGCUCGCUUUUCCUUGUGUUCUUUAUGACCUUCUGUCGUGUGAUUAUUGUAAAUAAUUCAUUGAUAAGUCUAUUUGUUUAUUCCUGUAGCAAACGUGGAAAAAUUAUAUAAAAAACAGAAAUAUAUGACUAUAAUUUUUACAUUGUUCUGAAUUAAAUGUAGUGUGG